AUGGAAAAUGACACUAGUUAUAUGAACCUACUGUUUAGUCAAUCUCAGACUCCAGUGGACCUUGAUUCACCUGAAACUUUUUGGUUCGGUAGCCAAGGUCCUAGUGAGUCAGUUGUCGAGCCUGUUGUCGAGUCUGCUGUCGAGUCUGGUGUCAGGAGGAAGUGGUCUCCGAAGGAGGAUAAGAUCCUUAUUGGUGCUUGGCUUAACACCAGUAAGGAUCUCGUCGUCAGCAAUGAGCAGAAAGCUGGUGCUUUCUGGAAGCGGAUUGUAGAUUACUACAACGCAAGCCCGCAGCUGGUUGGGACAGUACCGAGAGAGGUUACCUCUUGCAAGCAGAGGUGGGGUAGGAUCAACACUGACGUAUCCAAGUUCGCUGGAUGCUUUGACGCGGCUCUGAGGGAGCAGAGAAGUGGCCAAAAUGAUGAUGAUGUGAUGAAAGCUGCCUUAGACAUCUUCUUCAGUAAUAACGAGUACAAGUUCUCCAUGGAUCACUGCUGGAGGGAGCUUAGGCAUGACCAGAAAUGGUGA